AUGUCUCAAACAGUCAUCCGCCUCGACGGCGAACGGACCUCCGUCCGGAACCUCAAGGCCUUCGAGGAACCCAUCCCGGUGCCCUCGAAGCACGAGGUCCUGAUCCGGGUGCACAGCGUCUCGCUGAACUUCCGCGACAUCGCGGUGGCGACCUCGCAGUACCCGUUCCCCGUGAAGGACCGCGUGGUGCCGUGCUCCGACGCCGCCGGGGUGGUCGUCCGCGUGGGCGACGGGGUCCAGAAGCUCGCCGCGGAGGAUCGGGUCGUCGUCACCUUCGACCUGGCCAACCUGUACGGCCAGCAGGCGAACUGGGAGGGCGGCCAGGGGGCGCCGAUCGACGGCGUGCUGCGCGAGUACAUCAGCGUCCCCGCGGCGUCGGUGGUCAAGCUGCCCAAAGACGCGCCCCAGAGCUUCUCCGAGUGGUCGACCCUGGUGUGUACCGGGGUGACGGUGUGGAAUGCCCUCUACGGCAACAUGCCGCUCCGGCCGGGUCAGACGGUUUUGUGUCUGGGUACGGGAGGUGUCUCCAUCACCGGCGUGAUUCUAGCCAAAGCGGCGGGCGCGACGACGAUCAUCACGUCCUCCAGUGACGAGAAGCUCGAGAUGGUCAAGUCGAAGUUCGGCGCCGACCACGGCAUCAACUACGCAACGCACCCCGAGUGGUCCCAGGAAGUGCUGCGGCUCACCAACGGGAAGGGAGUGGACUACAUCCUGGAGAACGGUGGCUCCGGUACGAUCGCGGAGAGCUUGAACUCCGUGAAGAUGGGUGGAAAUAUCUCGGUUAUCGGCUUCCUCUCGCAGGCCAAGCAGUCCGAGAUGCCGGAUGUUGCGAGCUUGGCACUAGCGAAGGGUGCGGUUGUGCGCGGCAUCACGGUUGGCUCGACGCAGCUUCUGGAGGAGGUCGUUCGGUUUGUGGCUCAGAAGGGACUUCGUCUGCCUGUGGAGAAGGAGUUUCGGUUCACUCAGGAAGAGGUUGUUAAGGCGUACGAGUACAUGGCAUCCGGGUCGCACGUUGGCAAGGUGUGCAUCAAGCUUGUUGACUAGGUAGAUCUGAGAAUUGGGCUUGUGGACAGCUAUGGAUGUGUAUUCAAGGAGAUCAACAGAUUUGGCACCAUUGUGAAGUGGUCAUUUGCUUAUAGCAGGAACAAGAGCAGUGUAGGAGUUGUAUGAGUUGUCG